GGUAAACUACGAGAGUUUGUUUACGUUUCAGAACUGGAGAAACCAUCGGAAAUUUGCAAUAAUAUUAAAAUAAAUCUUUAAAAACAAAAAAAAGUCCAGCACACGUAGCAGCGACAGAAACAGCAGUCGUCAUGGAAAUCGUGUAUGUGUACACAAAAAAGCGCAGUGAGUUCGGACGACAAUGUAACUUCUCGGACCGUCCAGCUGAGCUGCAUGUGGACAUCCUCCCAGACCCCAGCCAGAUGGACAACUACAUCGAGAGAAACCCCUGCGACACCCCCACCCAGUGUGCUCAGGAGAUGUCAGAGCAUGAGGUGAACACAGAGCGCUUUCAGACUGAAACACGAGGGAUAAACCAUGUGGAGGGGGGCUGGCCAAAGGAUAUCAACCCACAAGAGAUGGAGCAGACCAUUCGCUACAGGAAGAAAGUGGAGAAGGAUGAGAACUACAUCAAUACCGUCUUGCAGCUGGGUAGCCUGAUGGAACACUGCAUCAAGCAAAACACCGCCAUUGAUAUUUACCAGCAGUACUUUGAGGAGGAGGAAGCAUCGGAAGUUGCUGAGGAGCAGCCUUCAGCAAAGACCAUCAACGUCUUCAGAGACCCAAAUGAGAUCAAGCGCACUGCCACUGGCCUGUCGUGGCACCCCGAUGGUGCAAAGAAGUUGGCAGUUGCAUAUUCUUCUCUGGAGUUCCAGAGGGCCACCAAGGACAUGAGUUUCGACUCCUACAUAUGGGACAUUGAAAACCCAGACAAACCUGAGAUGACCCUGAAACCAGUGUCCCUCCUUGUCUGUCUGGAGUACAACCCCAAAGACUCUCAUGUUCUGAUUGGCGGCUGCUACAAUGGGCAAAUUGCUUACUGGGACACUCGCAAGGGGAGCCAGCCAGUGGAGAUGUCCACAGUCGAGCACAGCCACAGAGACCCUGUCUACAAAGUGAUCUGGUUACAGUCAAAGACAGGCACAGACUAUUUCUCUGCAUCAACUGAUGGACAUGUUCUGUGGUGGGAUAUUCGGAAGAUGAGCGAGCCUACGGAGAGACUGAUACUUGACCCGAGCAGGAAGGGGAACCUGGAUAAUGCACUAGGAGCCAUCUCUUUGGAGUUUGAGACCACAAUGCCAACAAAGUUCAUGGUGGGAACAGAGCAGGGACAGGUGGUAUCGUGCAACCGAAAAGCAAAGACCCCUGCAGAAAAGAUUGUCUGCACCUACAGUGGCCACCAUGGGCCAAUCUAUGCCCUGCAGAGGAACCCCUUCUUCCCCAAGAACUUCCUGACUGUGGCCGACUGGACGGCACGCAUCUGGUCAGAGGAAAUCAAGGAGUCCUCCAUCAUGUGGACCAAGUACCACAUGACUUACCUGACGGACGGCUGUUGGAGUCCGGUCAGACCCGCUGUGUUCUUUACCACUAGGAUGGACGGCACACUGGAUGUGUGGGACCUCCUGUUCAAGCAAAACGACCCCACACUCAGCCUGAAGGUAUGUGAUGAAUCCCUGUACUCCCUACGGGUCCAGGACAAUGGGAGGUUCCUCGCCUGCGGCUCCCAGCUUGGCACAACCACACUGCUGGAGAUCUCUCCUGGACUGUGCACUCUGCAGAGGAAUGAGAAGGCACUAGCCACUGCAAUGUUUGAGCGGGAGACGAAGCGUGAGAAGAUUUUGGAGGCACGUCACCGUGAGAUGCGCCUAAAGGAGCGCAGCCGCUCAGAGCAGAGCAAGGAGGAGGAGGCGAAGGACGUGGACACAGAGGAGAGCAGCGAGGACCUGGUGGCACGAGCAGAGAAGGAGUUCUUCGAAGUCGUGGAGUUUGAGCUUAAGAAGAGAGAGCGUGAGGAGGAGAAGUCACAAAGCAAAGCUGACAGUGAGAAGGAGGUUUCUGAAGAGAAAGAGGCUCAGGAUUUAUCCUGAAGAUUGACCUGAAUAUGGAAUCAGGAAAAAGCUGCAGUUUAUUUUUUCAGGACUGAUGCCCACAUUCACGGUGGUGAAUGUUUUACAGAGCAGACACCACAGCCUUUUCCACAGCACUCUCCUGAGAAGUCCCUCAGUGUGGCCCUGUCAUCUUUAUAGUAGAGACCUCCAGGCACUCCAUUCCUCACUGGUCUGAGAGCAACUAGGAAGAUUAAAUAGUGUUUGUAGCUAACUGAGCAGUGUCAGGAGAAAACAAACGAGACACUGCAAUCCUCACUGCAAAGAACUGUGCAGAUAUGUUUUAUUUUAAUAUAUAUAAUGUGUGUGUGUAUUUAUGCUCAAUGUAUUCACUGUUUAUAAGUAAAUAAUAAUAUUAAAAGUUCUACAAUCUGCAAAAAGAAAAUAUCUGUCUAUAUCCAUCAUACAUCAAGUCUGAAGAGACAUGUUUAAGGUUACUAAUUUAUUCCUUCAAACCCUGCUCUGCCCUGUAGAAACUACUGGGGAGCAGUUUAGUCCCCAUGCCUCAAACCUGCCCCUUCACUGGAGGGACCACCCUUUCUUUUUGUGGGAUGAGGGCGCACUUCAGUUUUCAUCUCCAAACACAGUUUUUGCGACUU